AAUAUGGCACCACUGUUCGCGCUUGACGUUUUACAAUUGUCAUAUCCACAGCUGCUGAGGUCGUCCGUUCCUUUCCUGCGUUUUGCGUUGCUUUUAAAAUUGUGCAACCAUACAAUUUGUUGAAAAGUAACUAACGGUUUGUUUGCCAAUUCGGUGGUGUAUACAAUUCGUCGUGGCCGAAGUUGGUCAGUUGGUGAUAGUGAAAGCAUAAAUCGUACAAAUAGUUGAAAAAAGUGUGAAAAGACAUAAGUAUGAGUCAAUUCACUGCUAUAUUGCAACGCGAAUUUCCAGCCAUUGAUAAUGAGCUAAAGGACUACGUCGAAGGAGUACUAAGCGGUAGCUUGGAAGAUUUUGAAACAUGCGAUGACAUAUAUGAUGCUGUUGGCGAUAUUUUACAAAGCAUUAACCUGGAAAAAACCGAGGACGAUAUAAGAGAACUUUGUGAAGAAUUUUUAAAUAUCAUCAAAAAGAAUACUAAAAAUGAGGUGCGUAAAGUAUUAAAUGCGCCCGUUAAUAUCGCCGAAAUGGCAAAAGAGAUGGAAAAUGUUGAUAAAAAUAUGCACAGCAUCUGGCUUACAUCAAAGGAUGGUGGCUCGAAAGUGAACAGCAAAAAGCUGGAGAAGGCCGAAGCUAAGCUACAGCAAAAGCAGGAAAAGCGACAGGACAUUGGAAAAUCAACGGUAGCAGCGCCCGUCAAACUACAAACUGCUACAGCCUCACAAGUGCUAAGCAAGAAAAAUACCAAAAUGGAGCAGAAAGGAACCAAUCGAUCGAUGGACAUAAAAAUCGAAAACUUCGAUUUGGCAUUUGGUGACAAAGUUUUAUUACAAAACGCCAAUUUACUCCUGUCGUGUGGUCGUCGUUAUGGUCUUGUUGGCCGAAAUGGUUUGGGCAAGACAACACUUCUUCGUAUGAUUUCCGAUCGCCAAUUGGCCAUACCAUCACACAUUAGUGUAUUGCAUGUGGAACAGGAAGUUGUAGGUAAUGAUACCAAAGCAGUUGACAGUGUGUUGGAAUGUGACCUAGAGCGUAAUCGGUUGUUGACACGAGAAAAGGAAAUAAUUGCCACAUUAAAUAGUGGUGUACAGGAUACAAAGUUAAGUGCUGAACUGAAUGAAGUCUACGCACAGUUGCAAAAUAUUGAGGCUGAUAAAGCGGUAGCGCGAGCUUCCGUUAUAUUACGUGGUCUGGGCUUCGAUGCGGACAUGCAACAAAGGCCGACGAAGUCAUUUUCUGGUGGUUGGCGUAUGCGUUUGGCUUUGGCACGUGCACUUUUUUCUAAACCCGAUUUGCUGCUGCUUGAUGAACCGACAAACAUGUUGGACAUUAAAGCCAUCAUAUGGCUGGAAAAUUAUCUACAGUCUUGGCCAACAACAUUACUGGUGGUUUCUCACGAUCGUAACUUUUUGGAAACCGUACCAACGGACAUCAUUCAUUUACAUUCCCAGGCGCUUGAGGCAUACAAAGGAAAUUAUGAGCAGUUUGAAAAGACAAAAAAUGAAAAAUUAAAGGCCCAACGACGUGAAUACGAGGCGCAAAUGGCACACCGGGCACACGUACAAGAGUUUAUCGAUCGAUUCCGUUACAAUGCAAAUCGUGCUUCUUCUGUGCAAUCGAAAAUUAAGAUGUUGGAAAAACUUCCCGAAUUGAAACCUAUUGAGAAAGAAGUCGAAGUUAAAUUGAAAUUCCCCGAUGUUGAACCUUUAAAUCCACCGGUUUUAGCUUUAUCCGAAAUCGAAUUUAAAUAUAAUGAUGCUGCUCCACUACCAAUUUUUAAAAAUGUAAAUCUAUCAGCUACCUCCGAUUCUAGAAUAUGUAUUGUUGGUGAAAACGGCGCUGGUAAAACAACACUGCUCAAACUCAUCGUAGGCCAGUUGACCACCAUUCAUGGCAAUAUCAUUUUGCAUCGUGGCUUGCGUAUAGGCUAUUUCGCACAACAUCAUGUUGAUCACCUAAAUAUGAAUACUACAUGUGUAGGAGUACUGGCCGAGCUUUUCCCAGGUCGACCGGAUGAAGAGUAUCGUCGACAAUUGGGCAGUUUUGGCAUAUCAGGACCAUUGGCGUUACAAAGCAUAGCAAGUUUGUCAGGAGGACAAAAAUCACGAGUAGCUUUAGCAAAAAUGUGCAUGGCUGAUCCUAACUUCUUGGUGCUUGAUGAACCCACAAAUCAUUUGGAUAUUGAGACCAUUGAUGCCUUAGGAAGAGCGAUUAAUGCAUUUAAGGGCGGCGUAAUUUUAGUAUCUCACGACGAACGUCUCAUUAAAGUAGUUUGCAAAGAACUUUGGGUGUGUGGCAAUCGUACUGUACGCGGUAUGGAAGGUGGCUUGGAUGAAUACAAACGCGAAGUUUACAAGGAAAUUGAAGCGGCGAAUAGUUAAAUUUUAGCCCAAAACUGUAUUUUGUAUUCAUUAUAAUUCUAAAUUAUGCACAUGCACUGCAAAAGUAAAACACAUUGAUUGAUAUUGACAUUGAUUUUACGAUUGCAUAUACAUAAAUUAAUAAAAUACAAGCAUAUGAAAAAUAAAAAUAUGAAGCGGAAACGCUAUAAAUGUUA